AUGGCGUUCUCAGAGAACUAUCGCCAAUCUCUCAUCCCAAGCUUCAUCUACUCGUCUUCAUCAGCAUCCAAGAAGCUCAUAGAUAUGGAUCACUUGAUGUCGAAUCGGAACAUUAUGUUGAAUUCUUCAUCUUCACCGUCUAUUUCAUCUAAUGGAGGAGUAACGUCGUCGAAGAAGAGCUUCGUGAUCCCAGCUCCGAACGAGCCAGGUAAGAUCGAGAUGUUCUCGCCGGCAUACUACGCCGCGUGCACCGUCGGUGGAGUCUUCAGCUGUGGACUUACUCACACGUCCGUCACCCCUCUCGAUCUUGUCAAGUGUAACAUGCAGAUUGACCCUGCAAAGUACAAGACCAUUUCUUCUGGUUUUGGAAUAUUGCUCAAGGAGCAGGGAAUUAAAGGUUUGUUUAGGGGCUGGGUGCCAACCUUGCUUGGUUACAGUGCACAGGGCGCAUGCAAGAUGGGAUUUUAUGAAUUUUUCAAGAAGUACUAUUCCGAUAUUGCUGGUCCUGAGUAUGCAGCCAAGUACAAAACUUUGAUCUAUCUUGCGGGAUCUGCAUCUGCUGAGGUGAUUGCUGAUGUUGCCCUCUGUCCCUUUGAGGCAGUGAAGGUUCGUGUCCAGACUCAGCCUGGGUUUGCCAGAGGUCUGUCAGAUGGCCUUCCAAAGUUUAUCAAGUCUGAAGGCGCUCUUGGGCUUUAUAAGGGGAUUGUUCCUCUUUGGGGACGACAGAUUCCAUAUACAAUGAUGAAGUUUGCAUCUUUUGAGACUAUUGUGGAGCUCCUUUACAAGUACGCUAUCCCAACUCCAAAAGAACAGUGUAGCAAGCCUUUUCAGCUUGGAGUGAGUUUUGCUGGUGGAUAUGUUGCGGGUGUAUUCUGUGCCAUCGUAUCACACCCUGCUGAUAACCUGGUCUCUUUUCUCAACAAUGCCAAGGGGGCAACUGUGGGUGAUGCUGUGAAGAAGAUGGGCUUAUGGGAACUGUGUACUCGUGGUCUUCCUCUUCGUAUAGUCAUGAUCGGAACCCUUACUGGAGCUCAGUGGGGUAUCUAUGAUGCUUUUAAAGUUUUUGUUGGGCUGCCAACUACUGGAGGUGUGGCUCCUGCUCCUGCUCCUGCUGCUGUGUCCGCGAAGAUGUGA